CCAACCCCGUCGCCCCCCGCGCCCGCGCAUGCGCUCGGAGCGGAAGUGGAGGUGGGGGCGCGCGUGGCGUCGCCUCAGCGUCGGCUGCGCUCGGCGGCGAGGCCGCGUAGGGAUCGCGAGGGUUCUGUCGCGAUAGAGCGGAGCUGUCGGCGAUAGAGGAACAGCGCUGGGAUGUACAAUGGGAUCGGGCUGCCGACGCCGCGGGGCAGCGGCACCAACGGCUACGUCCAGCGCAACCUCUCGGCCCUGCGGCCCAAGAAAGGGGGGGCCGGCGGGGACCCCCCCCCCGGCGAGGAGGAGCUGAAACGGCUCGAGGCCGCCCUGGCCAAGAAACCCAACGCCGACAUCCUCGACCACCAGCGCAAGAGGAGGGUGGAGCUGAAAUGCCUGGAGCUGGCCGAGCUCAUGGAGGAGCAGGGCUACUCUGCCGAGGAGAUCGAGGCCAAGGUGGCCACGUUCCGCACCAUGCUGCUGGAGAAGGACGAGGCGCCCGGGGACCCCGAGCAAAAACCCACCGCCACGGAGACGCACCAGCUGGCCGAGGCUAAUGAGCGCAAGAACGAGCGGCUGCGCGCCGCCUCCGGCAUCAGCGACUCCUACGUGGACGGCAGCGCCUUCGACCCGGCCCGGCGGCCCAAGGAGCCGCCCCAGGAGCCCCCCGAGCCGCCCAGGUACCCCCAAAAAUCACCAAAACGAGCCUCCCGAGCCGCCCAGCAUUUCCGGGAGCUGAGCUCCUUCACGUCCCCGUCCCCGAAGCAGAAGAAGAAGAAAAAGAAGAAGGAUCGGGGCAGGUCCGCCAGUCGCUCCGGGGAGAGGAAGAAGAGCAAGAAGAAGAAGCACAGGUCCGAGUCUGAGGCCAAGAAGCGCAAGCACCGCUCUCCCAGCCCCAAGGCCAAGCACAAGGCCAAGGAGAAGAAACGCAAGAGAUCCACCAGCCAAUCGCAGAAGCCGGAGCGCUCUUCCUCCCCGGCCGGCUCCUCCUCAUCCUCGGGCUCCUCCCGCAGCAGGUCCCGCAGCGCCCCGGCCCCGACCCCGGCGCCGCCGCCGCCGCCGCCUCACCGCAAGCAAGAGGAGGAGGAGGAGGAGGCGCCGCUGCCGCCGCCUUUCGGCCUCGCCUGCCGCCGCCGCCCCUCCCCCCGCCGCAGGUGAGCGCCGGCGAUGGGGGCGUGGCCU